AUAUCGAUUAUCGAGGCAUCGAGCACAGUAGCUGACCAGUGGGCACCAUUCUCUGGGACUCCCGCCUGCCAAUCAUACUUCGAUGACCGUGACGAUGCUAUUCAAUUCAUGUGUUCCUCGCCAAAUUUUGUUACAGAAUGUUCCAAACAAAGCUCGGUCUUUGAAUCGAAUCUUCCUCUCUUGCUCUCUUCGAAAUCCGACUCUCGUUUCUUCUUCGGAGGUGGCACUUCAUGCUCAGAGACUUGUGUACCAGUUCAAUCCCAAGAUUCCCCUAGAAAAAGCUAUUACCCCUCCGACCUCAUGGUACACCGAUCCAUCUUUCCUCGAACUUGAGCUCGAUCGCGUCUUCUAUAGUGGCUGGCAAGCAGUAGGGUCCACAGAGCAGAUAAAGGCUCCCUAUGACUUUUUCACUGGCAGACUUGGACGUGUUGAAUUUGUUGUGUGUCGAGAUGAGAAUGGGAAAGUUCAUGCCUUUCACAAUGUCUGCCGUCAUCAUGCCUCUCUUCUUGCAUCUGGUAGCGGACAUAAAUCUUGCUUUGUUUGCCCUUACCAUGGGUGGACAUAUGGAUUGAAUGGAUCUCUUCUCAAGGCAACUAGAAUAGCAGGAGUGCAGGAUUUCAAUGAAAAUGACUUUGGGCUUAUUCCAAUCAAAGUAGCUGUUUGGGGCCCAUUUGUACUUCUCAAUCUGAACAAAGAGGGCUUUCCUCAAACGGAAGUUGAUGGCCAUUGUGUAGGAAGGGAGUGGCUUGGUAGAAGUGCAGAUAUAUUGAGCACCAAUGGAAUUGAUUCUUCGCUCAGUUAUCUCUGCAGACGUGAGUAUACCAUUGAAUGCAAUUGGAAGGUAUUUUGCGAUAACUACUUAGAUGGUGGCUAUCAUGUGCCAUAUGCGCAUAAAGGCCUUGCUUCUGGUCUAGAGCUUGAUUCCUAUUCCAUCACAGAGGAGUUGGAAGAGAGUGAUGGUAGAUUAAUGAUGUUUCUAGGCAUAAUGCAUUGUCUUCAGAUGUUUGAAAGGGUUAGCAUUCAAAGUUGUGAAAGCAGCUCAGUGAAAAGGAAAGAGAGCUAUGACCGACUUGGAAAAAAUGCUAUAUAUGCUUUUGUUUAUCCUAACUUCAUGAUAAAUAGAUAUGGACCCUGGAUGGAUACCAAUCUUGUACUUCCGCUAGGACAUAACAAAUGUCAAGUAGUUUUUGAUUACUAUCUUGAACACUGUCUAAAGGAUGACACGGAUUUCAUAGAUAGAAGUUUACAGGAUAGCGAGAAAGUACAGAUUGAAGAUAUUGUGCUGUGUGAAAGUGUCCAGAAGGGCCUUGAGUCUCCUGCGUAUUCAGUAGGCAGAUAUGCACCAACCGUUGAGCAGGCCAUGCACCAUUUUCACUGUCUGCUUUACGAAAAUCUCGCACAUUAAAAAUCUUGGGACAUCACAGAAUAUUGCCGUGGUUUGAUGCAAAUUUGCUUCGAGAUCAAUAAGUUUUCUGUCACAUGAUGUUAAUGUUAUGAUGUGAAGUGCUUGUCCACAUGAUAUAGUUGUGUUGAAUUUUCUUUCUCAUGAUAUAGUUAUAGCAUAUUUGUUACAAGGAACAGUGUUUUCUAGAAAGAAAAUGAAAGAUGUAUCUAGAAAGUAAAUGAAAUAGGUGCAUUUCUUAUUUCUUUAUAGGAAAAACACUUCUUUAUUCACCAAAUGUUGCAUUAAUGUUAUACUGUGUUCUCUGGUAUACAGCAGUGAAUGGUUGUGGUGUUUCUUGAUUGGAUUAUGCUGAAUAAUUUUCCAGGUCUUAACCUCAUGGCCAUGGAAAGAUAUACCAUAUGACCAGCUGACCACUAGAGCAAAUGAAGAUGUCAUGAAACUUGGGCUGUACUGCUAUCCUUGCGAUGAUUUCAACUUCAAAUGUAUUCUCUUUAAUGUCAUGUUUGUCAUCAAAUGCAUUUGUCAUUCGUGCUUGGGAUAAGAAUGCAAUUGGGCCAAUUUUCGGCAUAAAAUUAUGAGUACUCCUGCAUUCAAAUACCUAAUUUUAUGACGUUGAACAUCAGGUGAAGCAAAGUAAGAAAGGAACCGAGGAUCACUGUAAAAGUAUUCAGAUAACAUACUUCUAAUUUAGUAGGAUUCGCAAAAGGUAUCUUUUGAAUCCAGCCAUGUUAAUGCUGGAAACACAGAAGGAUACAGUACAAUGCAAUGCUUUAUUGCAAUAAAUUCAGGCGUAUGAUUUAAAAACUCAAA